AGAGGGCUGCGGGUCAGGAUUCAGGGGCACCGGCAGAGCUGUGUGGGGCGAGUUCUCUAACCAUUACACCUGCUGUUCCUACCCUGAUGUCUGGCUGCAGCCCAGUCCCCGCUGACGGUCGUGCGGCGGAUGCACCAUCGAAGGGCGUCUCAGGAGACCCACGCAGAUUCUCCACGUCGGAGAGGGAUGUGGAUUGUCCCAGCCGGAGAUCUCUGCCUGAGGAAGAGGUUCAGCCCAGCGAGGAGACAUCGCUAAUUCUCCUGCCCCUGACCACUGAGAAAGCAGGGAGAGACUCGCCACCCCAGCCCUCGGGGGGCCCUGCGGUCACCCGCUGCCCUGAGCGCUGGAGGGACCAGGCUUUGCUCCCUGUGCUCCCGGUGGCUCCGGCCCGGCGGGGGAAACAGCGUCUGGGCUCCACCGCGUCUGUCUGCAGCCACCAGAGCUGUAAAUCCACCGCCUCGCACAUCCAGGAGGUAGCUGGGGAUGACUGCUGCGCUCACUGCGCCCUGGCCUGCCUGUUCUGCGAGUUCCUGGCGCUCUGCUCCCUGGCGCUGGACGGGCUGGGCUGCGGGACGCUGUGCCUGGCGGGGGGGUGCUGUGCCGGGGGGGACCCCGCAGGGCAGGGCUGCGGAGGAGGCGGCUGCCCCUGCGGAGGGGGGUGCGGGCUCCUCCAGGACUGCUGCGACUCCGCCGACUGCCUGGAAAUCUGCCUGGAGUGCUGCUCCAUCUGCUUCCCCAGCUGACCCAGGGCUGGGGCUCGGACCCCCAUCCCAAAGAACCCCCCCACUAGGUAAGGGCCCCCCGCCCUCAUCAUCCCACCCCAUUGCUUUCUGCUCCUAAUCUUGGCUCUCUACGGGCUAAGCCCCGCCCCAUCCAAUGAUGUCAUUGGAUGGACCAAGUCACGCCCCCAUGAAGGGUGAUGUCACCCAGUGACCCAAGUCACACCUCCACUCAUGACGUCAUUCAAUGAGACAAGGGCUAUUGGCUGCUCACCGGGCAGGUCCUCACAAGGCAACAAGCCCCACCCAUCUUACUGGGGCCUCAUCAGAGGUGGUAAGCCACGCCCACAAUGGUGAUGUCAGAGUAGAACAAGCCACACCCUAUCUACUGUGAUGUCAUCAAAGGGUCUGCCCAGGUGUCUAGGCAGUGACACCUUCAAAUAGCCCCAGCAGGGGGGCGGGGCCUUCAGGAAGCCACACCUCUAGGCAGUGAUGUCACUGAAUGCUUGGGUGUGGUUGCCAGAGCUCCUCCUCCUCUGCUGUGAUGUCAUCAAAUGGACUCAGAUGUCACAAGGUGGAGGAGUAUUAACCCCGUGGGUGCUGUCCCCAGCUCUGCCGGUGCCCCUCACUCCCGACCCGCAGCCCCUGCCAGCCCAGCCCUGGGCUCCCCCCCAGCUCACUCACGGUGGGUGCCGUGUCUCCCAGGAGGAGGGAUAAUUGGGGCUGGGUUGGGGCAGAUUCCCUCGGGAGAGCUGGAGACUUUGCUGUGAGUCCUGGUUCCACCAUUCUCACCCUCGCAGAGACGGGAGGAUGCCAUGGCCCUGAAGCUGC